CAUAGAUCCAAAGACAAGAGACGAGAAGGAGAAGGAGAAGGGAUAUUUUUGUGGCGCGAUCGGUUUAUGAGAGUUUUGUGUGUGUUGGAUGGCUGAAAUCGUUGGCGGGGCGGCUUUGGGUGCUGUAGCAGGGGAGAUGCUGAAAGGCGCAAUCGGUUUGGUGGAAGGGGCCAUUUAUUUCAAACGUGUUGUUGAGGACAUCCGUUUCAGGUUGAGGGUUUUAGGCAAAGUGAUGGAGCAGCUGGAUGGGAUCAGUGACUUCCUUGAUGACCCAAAAAACACAAAGUACUUGAGCAAACUAUUGGGUCAAGGGAAGCAGCUGAUUAUCAAGUGCGAGGGUGUUAAAGGGAAUACUAUUCUGAUCAAGUAUUUCAAGGCACCAUUUUACACCACAAAGCUUCGCCACUUGGAUGCUCGACUCAAAACUGCCACAGAGCUUUUGGACUUGCGAUUGCGGGAACAACAAGCGAUGGACAAUACACAUAGACGCCACAGUUGCGCCAAUCAUCAUGCCUCUGCACCAACACAUACCAAGCUGCCAUUAGUGUUUUGCCACGACAAGAGAAUCAGUGGGAAAAUAGGUCCAAAUCUUGCUGAGACUCUGGUGGGGAAGGUUCUAGAAUACACAAAGGGCGACCCACAGGAAGUUUUGGCAGAAUCAGGGGAAACAAAUCCAGAGGAGAAAAGUGUUGGGGAAAGAAUUGUAAAGAGGAUGAAGGAGACGGGGGAAAGGCAGUAUAAGAAGAUUUUCCAACGGACAUUUGAUAUGGUGGCUGGGGAAGAGCUUCAAAAUUGGUUUCGUUGUGAUAUGUUAAGGGAAACUGGUGCUGUAAUGGGUUUUGUAUAUGUAUCUACAGCCAAGUUUGCAUUCUGCACCAAGAGGCUGUAUCAUCCGUGCAACAAAAACAAACACUAUAUCAAGGUAAUUAUCUCAUUUCAUGAACUAAAAGCCGUGAAUGUUGCUGCCACAAGUGAAUGCAUAAAGGUGAUCUCUGUUGAUAACCAAGAAUUUGAGUUGAUCAACUUCAGGAACUACAAUGCUGCUAAAAAAUGCCUGCAACAGCUUCCUGUAGCACCCACAUGCCCCCGCUGCAAUGCAGUCCUCUUGCUCUAGUCUACCACACCACAUGCACAAUAUCAGACGGGAGAUUUGUGUAUUUUAGCUGGGGCUUGUUUCGUGACGUUCUGGUUUCUAAAUAAAUCUAAAUAUUUUCAACUAAUUAUGUUUCUUAUUUCUUAUUUUUUAGGAACAUUCUCAA